UAGUAAGCGAACGCGAACGCGAACUCUCGGUGGCCUGUGCCCACGAGGUCUCCCCUCGUGCGAUACUUCGGUAUAAAAGCAAAGCAACCUCUUUUGGAUGUAACACACGAGGUUCGAUCGACGCUCAUCCUGGCGUCCUCUCCAACCGUGAAUCGGCUACGACACAUCACCGCGCGAUCGUAUCAAGGAUAAUACAGCAACUUUUUCGCCUUCUUCGAUUCGAACUUUUUUGUAGACGCACGGUGGUGAUUCUUUCUCUCUUUCUCUUUCUUUUUUUUCUUUAUUACCUUGUACGUUUCGAUCGACACUCGAGGAACAUGAGCAAGUACUUUGUGACCAUUUUGUGGCUACUUCCGGUGCUGGCCGCAGCCCUGCCAGCAAAUGACAAACCUGGAAACGAAAACGACCUAAUGGCGACCAUCUACAGCGACUGUCUGAAGAAGGAGUCGAUCAAUUGCAUCAAAUACAAAGUAUUUUCGUACGUGGACAAGAUGCUCGUUGAUAAGGAGGAUAUCACGCUCACGGACGGCAUCACUGUGGUUAAGACGUCGAACGCCGAGGAAGGUGCACCUAGAUCAAUCGAGUCUAGCGAUUUGGAUACCCUUUUAUUCGACCGUCUGGGCAGGUUCUUAAGGACGCACUCUGUCAAAGUCGAUCUCAAGGGAACCGAUAUCCUUGGCGCCAUUGAGUCUGCCGGUCGAAGUUUCGAGGACUUUACCGACAAUGCUGUUGAAAGUCGUGGCAAGAAGAAGAAGGCACAAAAGAUCCUUGGUCCGUUACUGAUGGCCCUGGCCCUGAAGGCAGCAGCCCUGUUGCCCUUGGCUCUCGGUGCGAUCGCCGCCAUUGCUGGUAAAGCUCUUCUGGUCGGCAAAAUCGCCCUUGUAAUUUCCGCCAUCAUUGGGUUGAAGAAGCUGCUCAGCUCUAGCGGAGGAAAGCACGUGACAUACGAAGUUGUGUCGCAUCCUCAUCACAGCAGUAGCCACAUUGUCAGCCACGAUGACGGCCAUGGUGGUGGUUACGGUGGCGGUGGCGCUGAUUAUGGCGGUGGUUAUUCUGGAAGCAGUGGCCACGGCUGGGCCAGGAGUUUACCUCAAGAUGCUCACGAGUUGGCUUAUCGCGCUCAUCAACCUCAAUCACAAGCAUGA